GUUUGCGCCUGGGUACCAAUUUCUUCCACGUGCUAGAAGCGUUGGCUUAAAGGCUCCCUUGAACAUUUUGAGAAAGAACAAGAUUGUGAGACUAUGUAAGUUGUGAAACAAUUGAAUUAGAUGACAACGGAAAUUUUAAAAUUAGAUUAAGUGGCAGAACUGUGAGACAUAAUAAGACAGAUAAUUGUGACAAAAACUGUGAAACUAAGAAGAUGGGAGAAUCACACAGGGAUAUUUAUGGAGAUCUUGAAAAAUUAUUAGAACCAAUUAAGACUGUUGAGGAAAAAUGGAAGUUGGUUCCGGCUUUUCUCAAGAACAAAGGGUUGGUUAAACAGCAUAUUGAUUCGUACAAUUACUUCAUCAAUGUGGACAUCAAGAAAAUUGUUAAAGCAAAUGAAAAGGUAGUGAGCCAUGCUGAUCCAACAUUCUACCUAAAGUACUUGGACAUUCAUGUGGGAAAACCAGAUUCCAUAGAAGACAUGCACCAUUCUCGGCUGACCACUCCUCAUGAGUGUAGGUUAAGAGACAUGACUUACUCAGCUCCAGUUACUGUUGAUAUCGAGUACACCAGGGGACAGCAAAGAGUUAUACGCAAUGGUAUUUCUAUUGGAAGAAUGCCAAUCAUGUUGAGGAGCUCAAACUGCACAUUGGCUGGUAUUUCACCUGCAGAAAUGGCAAAAAAGAAUGAAUGUCCAUAUGAUUGUGGUGGUUAUUUCAUUGUUCGGGGAAAUGAAAAGGUGAUCUUAAUUCAAGAACAAAUGUCGAAAAAUCGGAUGAUUGUUGAGCAAGAUAGAAAAGGAAACAUGUCAUGUCAAGUGACCAGCAGUACGCACGGAACGAAAACGCGCACCAAUGUGAUCAUGAAUAAAGGAAAAUACUAUUUGAAGCAAAAUAGUUUUCAGGAUGAUGUCCCUGUCGUCAUAGUUUUUAAAGCUAUGGGGAUUUUGGCUGAUCAAGAAAUAGUCCAAAUGAUUGGCACUGAUGAUCGUGUAAUGACGGCAUUUGCGCCCUCAUUAGAAGAAUGUGUGCGCGCAUCGAUCUUUACUCAACAGCAAGCACUGAAGCAUUUGGGCAACAAACUGCGUCAAAGGCGUUUUUUUGGGGGUCCAAAGAAAACGCCUGUGGAAGAGGCUAGAGAGAUGCUUGCCACCGCCGUUUUAGCCCACGUUCCGGUGGACAAUUUCAACUUUAAAGCUAAAGCAAUGUAUUUAGCUUUGAUGAUUCGCCGGGUCAUUCAAGCCGAAAAUGAUCCAACGUCAGUGGACGACCGUGAUUAUUAUGGCAACAAGCGCAUGGAGUUAGCGGGUUCACUACUUUCCCUCUUGUUCGAAGAUUUGUUCAAGCGGAUGAAUUUCGAAUUAAAGGCAAUUGCGGACAAGAACAUUCCCAAGGUUAAGGCGGCCCAGUUUGAUGCAAUUAAACAUAUAAGGACCGAUCAUAUAACUUUGGGGUUAGAAAAUGCCAUUGCUACUGGAAACUGGACGAUUAAACGCUUCCGAAUGGAAAGGCAAGGCGUCACACAAAUGCUUUGCCGCUUGUCUUACAUCUCUGGACUUGGGAUGAUGACGCGGGUGAAUUCUCAAUUCGAAAAGACACGCAAAGUAUCUGGUCCCCGUUCUCUCCAACCUUCUCAGUGGGGUAUGUUGUGUCCGUCAGAUACACCUGAAGGAGAGGGAUGCGGGCUAGUAAAAAAUCUGGCGUUGAUGACUCAUAUUACGACGGAGGCAGAGGAAGAACCCAUCAUCCGAAUUGCACAGAACAUGGGAGUUGAAGAUAUUAAUCUAUUCAGUGGGGAAGAGAUCAGCGACCCGAAUAUAUACACCGUUUUCCUCAACGGAAAUAUUCUAGGACUCGUCAAAGAUUACGAACGCUUGAUCCGAUAUUUCAAACUGGCUCGCCGCCACGGCUACAUCAACACCUAUGUUUCCAUUUAUCCGCAUUUUUUAACAAGAGCCGUUUACAUCAGCUGCGAUGGUGGCCGUCUAUGCCGGCCAUAUAUAAUCGUCCGAAAAGGAAAACCAGCUGUAAUAGAAAGACAUAUGCAAGAACUGGCAGAUGGCUUUCGGACAUUUGAAGACUUCACUCAUGACGGGCUGAUAGAAUUCUUGGAUGUGAAUGAAGAGAAUGAUAGCAACAUUGCUGUGUACGAGUCGGAUAUCACCGUAGAGACGACUCAUCUUGAAAUUGAGCCAUUUACUUUGCUUGGCGUCUGUGCAGGAUUAAUUCCGUAUCCUCAUCACAACCAAAGUCCGCGAAAUACUUACCAGUGCGCCAUGGGAAAACAGGCGAUGGGUACCAUCGCGUGCAACCAACGAAACCGAAUUGAUUCGCUCCUCUACAACCUGGUUUACCCACACAAACCAAUGGUAAAGACACGCACGAUUGAGCUCGUCAAUUUCGAAAAUAUUCCAGCUGGCCAAAAUGCUAUGGUCGCCGUGAUGAGCUAUUCUGGAUUCGAUAUCGAAGAUGCUACAGUUUUAAACAAAGCCUCUUUGGAUCGAGGUUAUGGGCGGUGUUUGGUUUACAAGAAUGCAAAAUGCGUGUUGAAGCGGUAUAGCAAUCAAAGCUCAGAUCGUGUUAAUGGUCCUAUGGUUGAUCCAACAACCAAGAAACCAACAUGGAAACAUGAAAUUAUCGACAUGGAUGGCUUUGCUUGUGUCGGGCAACCUGUUCAACCUAAACAGGUGCUAAUCAAUAAAACUAUGCCGACCGUUCCCGUGGUUACUGUUGCACCAGGAGCAUCGGGUGCGCCCGCUGCGGCUCCAAUGCCAGAAUAUCGUGACGUCCCCAUCACAUAUAAAGGACCGAUUCCUUCAUAUGUUGAAAAGGUUAUGUUUUCUUCCAAUGCCGAAGAGGCAAACAUAAUUAAAAUCCAAUUACGGCAGACCCGGCGACCUGAAAUCGGCGACAAAUUCAGCAGUCGACAUGGUCAAAAAGGAGUUACCGCCCUCGUUGCAGAGCAAGAAGAUCUACCAUUUACUGAACUUGGCAUUUGUCCUGAUGUGAUCAUGAAUCCCCAUGGUUUUCCAUCUCGAAUGACGGUUGGUAAACUUAUCGAGCUUUUGGCUGGAAAAGCGGGGCUUAUGGAAGGCAAAUUUCACUAUGGAACUGCUUUCGGCGGAUCUAAGGUCCAAGACGUUAGUGAAGAAUUGAUCAAGCAUGGAUACAAUUAUCAGGGUAAAGAGUGUAUGACUUCUGGAACAACAGGGGAGCAGCUGACAGCUUAUAUUUAUUUUGGACCUGUAUACUAUCAAAAGUUGAAGCACAUGGUGAUGGAUAAGAUGCAUGCGCGUUCGCGUGGACCACGAGCUGUCCUGACACGGCAACCUACUGAAGGUCGUGCCCGCGAUGGGGGCCUUCGCCUUGGUGAAAUGGAACGCGAUUGUCUCAUCGCGUACGGAUCUAGCAUGCUAAUCUUGGAGCGAUUGAUGAUAUCCAGUGAUGCGUUUGAUGUUGAUGUUUGCAAUCAGUGUGGUCUCAUGGGAUAUUUUGGUUGGUGCCACUAUUGCAAAUCAAGUGCUUCCGUUUCUUCCAUCCGUAUUCCCUACGCUUGCAAGCUUCUUUUUCAAGAACUUCAAGCGAUGAAUAUUGCUCCACGUCUCAAAUUGGACAAGUAUUUUGACUAAUGUUGUGAUAGGUUGCUACAAAUUAAUCAUGGUAAACAUUACAAAAUUUAAGUGGUUAAAUAA